AUGCUUUUCUCACCCUUGCAGGACACAUGUGGGAGUUUCCAGAUUAUCCAACAGGGCCUGACUCUUCUGAAGAACCACUUGGAAGCCUUCCGGCGUCGCUAUGCCUACCACCUGCGCAACUGGCAGAUUGACGGCAAGGGCAUUACCAGCCAUCAGCAGCAUCGGAUGGAGAAGCACUGCACCUCCAUAUGUGUGCUGCUGCAGCCAGCUGGCAUGACAGAGAAGAACCAGCUAGAGAUGAUGACCACUGACCUUGUUGCCGAGCUACGAGCCGAGGUGGCACGGUGGUGGGAGGCGUUACAGAAACAACAACAGCUACAGCGUCAGCAGGCAGAGGGCUCACGCCGCCAGCCGCGGAAGAUGGACGGAUCCCUGCCUUCCUCCAGCCUCCCAUCACCGCUCCGGGACAGACUUCCCAUGAUGCUUCUGCUGCAGGAGCCUCACUUUGACAACCUCUUCAUGCUCCUACAGAGACUUGGCGACCUUGAUGUGGAGUUGUCCGACAUGGAUCCACUUGAAAGGGCUGGUCUUUUGGCGGAGUCGCGCCGUCUGUCUCGGAAUGUGUGGGAACUACUGAUGAUCCUCCCGACCAGUCCGAAUCAUCUCAAUGGGUUCAAGAGUCUCAUCAUGGAGAGGUCUGGUGAGAGUGGGGAUGACCAGUUGACAGUGGCGUGGAACAACCUGCUGCCCCCCUCCAGCCCCCACAAGCUGUACUACUCACUCCAGAUAGUGGAAGUCCUGUCUCACAGCCAGAAGCUCAGGCGCAAGUCACUGAUGCGGUCAGGGGGUGGAGAUGCAUACUUAUCGGGUGGUGACACAGAAUCAGGCAGUCAUGAUACAGCGGAAAAUCUCUGGAGCUCUCAGUUUAUUGCCAAGGGAGGUCUGAGCCACUUGUUCAACAUCUUCAUCUCCGGAAGUCUUCAGUCCAAAGAGGGAGACAACUGGAGUCAGACCUUGAGACUGGGUCAGAAGAGCAGUCAGAGACGUAUGAGAGUCCCCCGCAAGAAGGUGAAAAAGUCCAAGUCAGCACAUGAGAAGAUCUUCAUUCCUAGACUCAAUCAGUCCACCAUCAACAUGCUGAACACAGAGACUGUGUUGAAGAUACUCAUGCAGAUCCUGUAUGAUGCUGCAUUGCCUGAGGAUACAAAUCAGCUGUACAUUGGAUCCUGGGGCAGGGCUGAAGUGGUCCACUGUGCUCUCUCCUUCCUCAUCUCCCUGGCCUACUCCUGUGACGAGGUACCUGGACUGCUGUGUACCGCCACCAACUUCAACGCAUGGCUGAAACGGCUCACGCUGGAAGCUCCAGAGCCAUACGUACGUAAGGAAGCUUGUAUGGGCCUGUACCGCCUGCGACUGGGGAAGACAGUGGACAACAAGCCAGGCUACAGCUUCCUGCUCCCCAUCCUCUCCAGUCUCCUCAGCUUCCUACAGGUGGCGCUGGAGUUUAAACCACAGAAGAACACUGAGUUUGACAGUAAGGAAAAGGAACCGUUUGGUCCAGGGUGUCGGGACUACUUCUGGCUCGUGUGCAGAUUUGUUGACAGCAUUUCCAAAGAGGAAGCCAGUUCAGAAAACUGUGUGGAUCUGAACUCGUUAGCAAAAGAGGCCUACCAGCAUAUCAUGGAGCGUCCAUACUUGGAGACUCGGGUUGGAUAUGAAGAAGACGAUGGCUUGAUUGGUCUGCUCAAUCUACUUACUGCGGUGCUCAAGCACAACCCACCAUUCAAGACAUCAUCAGAGGGCAAGUCUCUUCUGGAUGAGAUAUUUGACAGCCUGUUUGCUCUGCCCUCACCAACCAAACGCUACCUGCCUCGAUGUAAGAGUCAGGCUUCCCGGUCUGCAGCAUACGAUCUGCUGGUGGAGAUGGUGAAGGGCAGCGUGGACAACUACACCGCCCUCCAUUCCAAGAUGCUAGCACAACAUACGAAAGACUCCCACACCCCCUACCCCUGGGACUACUGGCCUCAUGAAGACGGACGUUCCAAGUGCGGCUACGUCGGCUUGACCAACCUGGGAGCCACCUGCUACAUGGCGACGUGCAUGCAGCACCUGUAUAUGAUACCACAGGCUCGACAGUCCGUGCUGCAGGCAAAGCAGAGGACAGACUAUACAAGGCAUGAAGGAACGCUUGUAGAACUACAGAAAAUGUUUGCAUAUCUGCAGGAGAGUGAGAGGAAGGCGUACAACCCCAAGAGCUUUUGCAAGGCGUAUACCAUGGACAAACAACCAUUGAACACUGGUGAACAGAAAGAUAUGACCGAGUUCUUUACUGAUCUCAUCACAAAGCUGGAGGAGAUGGGACCAGAAAUGAAAGCACUUGUUAAAAGUCUGUUUGGAGGAAUCAUCACGAACAAUGUGGUCUCUCUGGAUUGUCCGCAUGUGAGUCGGACAUUUGAAGAGUUCUACACUGUGAGGUGCCAGGUGACAGACAUGAAGGACUUAUAUGAGUCGUUAGAUGAGGUGACAGUGAAGGACAUGUUAGAGGGAGACAACAUGUACACCUGCUCCAAGUGUCAGAAGAAAGUCAGGGCAGAGAAGAGAGCAUGUUUCCGGAAGUUGCCAAAGAUUCUGUGUUUCAACACCAUGAGGUACACGUUCAACAUGGUGACGAUGAUGAAGGAGAAGGUCAACACCCACUUCUCCUUCCCCCUCCGGCUGGACAUCAAGCCGUACAUGGAGGUGAACCUCCUCGGCCCCGACAAACUCAAAGUUGACGAGGAGGAUGAGCUGACACUGAUGGGGGUGGACACCAGUGAUGAGGACGAGAGCUCCGAGUACGAGCUGAUAGGGGUGACAGUACACACAGGAACAGCCGAUGGUGGUCAUUACUACAGCUUCAUCCGAGACCGACUCAACAAGACGGAAACAGGCCAGGACAAAUGGUAUCUGUUCAAUGAUGCUGAGGUGAAGCCAUUCGAUCCAAGCCAGAUAGCUGGAGAGUGUUUUGGAGGGGAAAUGACGAGUAAGACGUAUGAUUCAGUCACUGACAAGUUCAUGGACUUCUCGUUUGAAAAGACAAACAGUGCGUACAUGCUGUUCUAUGAGAGAUGCCCCAAGGGCAAGAAGACUGAGGAAGUCCUGGACAGUACAGAGGAGAGGAAAAAAUUCAAUUUUGAGUUGUCGAAGGACCUUGGUGAUUGGAUUUGGCAAGACAAUACUCAGUUUCUACAGGAUAAGAAUCUCUUCGAACACACCUACUUCGGGUUCAUGUGGCAGAUCUGUGGGUACAUCACCACCACUCUCCCCAAGGAUGACAACAGUAUCGUCCCCCUCAAGGCAGCUCAACUCUCCACAUCGUUUGUUCUGGAAACUCUCAUACAUGCCAAAGAAAAGCCCACAAUGUUACAGUGGAUUGAGCUGCUUACCAAACAGUUCAACUCCUGCCCCGCCUUGUCCUUGCUUUGGUUCCUGGACCACAUGGCUGACAGUGACUGGUGGCCCCAGCAGAUACUCAUCAAGUGUCCCAAUCAGAUGGUCAGACAGCCUAUUGUGGAGAGUGAGGAUGGUGUUGUGGACGUGACGGAGAUCGGGAACAGGUCGUGUGUGACAAGGUUCAUCAAGAAGAUGCUUACCAUCAUUGAACAUGGUGUGCGGCCGCACAGCAAGUACCUGACCGAGUACUUCGCCUUCCUGCUGGAGUUUGCCAAAACUGGGGAGGAGGAGUGUAACUUCCUCAUCAGCAUCAACGCCAUCUCCACCAUGAUCGCCUUCUACAUGGGUCAGAAGGCCCAGGAGAAUUACGUUGAGAUCCUGUCUGAUGAUGAUGAGGAAGAAGAUGUGAUCUCAUUGACUGAUGACAACUACCGCCCCAUGUCUCUGGAGAAGAUGAUCUCAUUGAUAGCUCUACUGGUGGAGAAGUCUCGCGCAGAGAAACAGCUGCAUCUCUCGGAGAAGGACUACAACUCCAUCAUUGGGGGCAAGGGCUUUCCAUUCCUGUUCAAUCAAAUCCGUGAUAAUAUCAACAUCCGGCAGUCGUGCAAUCUCAUCUUUAGCUUAACGAGAUAUAAUGAAACUCUAGCAGUUGCAGUGAUAAAUAUGGUGUUUGGGGCCAUCAGGAAACUGAACCCUGAGCAAUCUCAACCAUUCUUCAAGCUGCUGUCCAUGUUGGUGGAGUUUGUGGGUGGCCCACCGGGGAUGCCGCAGUACACUCAGUACGUGCUGCAGAGGUUCUGGGAGCUGACCAAGUGUUGUCCGCAACAAUGUCUGGAGUGGAUGACCGGUCAGGUGACCCGCAACAAGUUGGCCCAGGCCUGGACUCUCAACCAGAUGGACAACUGGGUGGAGCCGUACCUCAUAGCUCACAACAAUGUCCGGGUCCGUAAUGCUGCUGCCUUCCUGCUGGUGUCCCUAGUACCCAGCACUCACUUCCGUCAGUCUUUCCGCUCCGCCAGGAGCAUGCUCAGUCCGCACAAGGAGUUUGCUAUGUCCACAGAGGCACUCAUGGUCCUGCAUCAGGUCUAUGAGCAUUUAUUGAGUCUCCUGUCACGGGCAAGGUUAUAUGUUGAUCCCCAGGUGCAUGGCACAAUGAAGCUCAUGUGUUACUUUGCUGUCAUGACGUACUGUCUCGUGUCUAAGCAGGAGAAGCUGUUGUUUGGAGAGUAUUUCUUGGAUCUAUGGCAGUUGUUCCAGCCAAAGCUGUCCGAGCCCCAGAUCUCAAUGCACCACAACAAACAGACCUUGCUGCUGUUCUGGCACCAAGUGUGUGUAGACUGCCCGGAGAACGUCAAGCAGAUUGUCUCCAACCAACAUGUCUGCAAGAACAUUGCCUUCAGCUACAUACUAGCUGACCACGAUGACCAGGAUGUUGUGAUGUUCAAUCGUGUGAUGCUGCCUGCGUACUACGGGCUGUUGCGGAUGUGCUGUCAGCAGUCGCGGCAGUUCACACGACAGCUGGCGCAGCACCAGAACAUAGCAUGGGCUUUCAAGAAUAUCACGCUGUAUCCAACACAGUACACUCUGGCUGUAGAGGAGCUGUUCAAGAUGAUGAAGCUGAUGGUGAUGAGGUACCCCGACAGCUCGGAGGAAGAGCUGAAGGCCAUCGCGUCAUUCAAGCGUGCCAACAUACUCAUGUACCUACAGGCAUUAGAUGCCAGAUCUAUGUGGCAGACUCUUAUCAGUGCUUUCAAAAUCUUGGUGGAGAGUCGGGAAGAGAGGAUGCUGCUCAUCUACCACCAAGGCCUGCAGAUGAUCACAGAGGCAUUCUUCACACUCCAUGCGAUGUAUCAUGAGGCCACAGCAUGUCACGUGACCGGGGAUAUCGUGGACCUGUUGACGAUACUGCUUCAUGUGCUAGAGUGUGGCAAGGAAUGCCAUGAGAAGAAAGGGAGCCAGUUGGCUGAUGCUAAAGCAUACUUGUUGAACUGGGAGGAGAGAAACGAACUGCCAAAGAAACUGCUGACUUUGCUCAAUUCCUACACCCCACCAGAAGUCCGGUCAAUCAGUAUAGAUGUAUUAAAACAGAUGAUAUUAACAUUCCAAGGCGAAUGUAUUGCCUGCAUUGUGCCGAUAUUAGUCCAAGCUCAUGGAGCCUUCCAGGACCAGAACAUGCCAGUGACAACUGGCCCCUACUUUCCUCGGAAAGGCCAGAAACCCAUCGGGUCCAAAUCAAACAUCCGUCCACCUAGACCGCAGUUCCAGAUGUUCCUUCAUUCUAGUCAAGUUGAAGUCCCAAAGGGAGUAGAUGAGGUGUAUGAUCAGGCAUUAAAUGAUUUCAUCAUCCCAUAUCAUCAGCUUGUUGACGUCAUGUGCCGGGUUGCUGUCAACAUGCAGAAUCUUAGUGAAUCUCUCAUCAGUCUCAGUGCAAUGUUAGCCUUCGAGGCAGUUCCUCUCCAUUCUCCAUACUUUGCCAAAUUGUGGGUGGAAAUAUACCACUCAGAGCAGGUUGAUCGUAACUACAUCAAGAUCUUGUGCAACACCAGUUCUUUCAUUGACUACGUUGAUGCAGUGCUGCUGGAUGAGCGUCUGUCCCUCAACAACCACAUCAUCUACCAGUUCUUCUGCAGUUUCUUCCCCAAGGUCCACCAGCAGGUGCUCAAUGACCAGGGCCGCUCACUGCUAGACAGCCUAGUUGCCUCCAUCACAGCCGAGAAGGCAGCGCUGGAGAACAUGAAGUCUGAGAAGGAACUUCUCACCAUCUGUGAGAGAGACCUGCGUGCGAUGCUGCUGAUCUUCACAGUGCAGAUGCCGAAAACAACGAGUCCCAUCCUGCUGGAGAGUCUGCACUACAUCCUGCGGGUCUGCAGGGAACACCAGCAGCAACGUGCUGAGAUGGAGGCCACCGCAGCUGCAGAGGCCCGCAGGCAACAGGAAGCUCUUGAACAGGAGACUGUGGAGAGUGAUGCUGGUGAUGAGGAAGAAGAUGCCAAACACAAUGAGGAAGAUGAAGAUUCAGGUGAAACUCCAUCCAAGCGGAGGAGGGUGAGCAGUGAAGGUGAUGUAAACGUUGAAGACAAGAAGAAGAAUGAAGACACUGCUACCAAAGAAGAAGAAAAAGACACUGAUAAAAGUGAUUCAAAAGCAGACAUAUCUGAUGCCAAAGACCAAACUAAAGAAGAUACAGAAGACAAAACAGAUACCACAGAAGCUGAAUCUCCAAAGAAGACCCCACAGAAGAGUGAACCUACUCCAUCCACGAGCCACGAGUCCCCUCAAUCUGGUCCCCACCCUGGCACAAGCUCUGGCGGUGCCACAACAUCCAGAACCACACCGGGGACGAGCUCAGGGGGCAAUGUUACCUUGCAGUCUGCCCGACCAGGGGGAUCAGCAGCAUCUAGUCUCUCUGGGACAGCCUCUGCCUCCCAACAGACAGGGUCUCGGACUGGCGGGGCUACAUCUGCUACUCCACGGGAGAAGCCCAAUAGGGUGGAUUUGGUGGCCAAACAUAUCGAAACACUCUUGGCUCUUAUUGAUAAAAAAUGA